CUGAAUACAAGACACACUUAACAGGAUGUACUGAGUGAUUUCCCAGCUCGAGGGGAUUGAUAGAAUAUUUUGCUUUCCCACUGCAAAGAACACGUGCAACAUUUGGGACUUGAUACUUAGUUGCAACUUCAAUUGCUACAGAUUCGGGAAAAAUAAAAAAGAAAUAGAAGAUGUUGGAGUUUUGGAGAGCAGCUCCCGUACUGCUGCUGCUCAGUGUGCUACUUCCAUUGUAUUCUUGCGAAGUGGCCCAUUAUUACACCUUUGAAGAAGAACCUCCCGGAUCAGUUAUUGGGGUUUUGGCCAACAACUCAAAGUUCAACUCCACCGAAGGACCCAUCAGCAACUUCCGUCUGAUGAAGCAGUUUAACAGCUCCCUCAUCCAUGUUCGGGAGAGCGAUGGGCAGCUGAGCAUCGGGGAGAGGAUAAAUCGGGAGCAGAUUUGCAGACAGACUCUGAACUGUAUCCUGGCCAUGGAUGUGGUCAGUUUCUCCAAGGAGCAAUUCACCCUCAUUCAUGUUAAAGUAGAGGUGAAGGACAUCAACGAUAACAGCCCCCAGUUUCCUAGGUCCGAGAUACCUGUGGAGGUGUCUGAAAGUGCUCCUGUAGGCACCAGGAUCCCCCUUGACAUAGCCAUUGAUGAGGACGUUGGGUCAAACUCCAUCCAGAGCUUCCAAAUCUCAGUGAAUAGUCACUUUAGCCUUGAUGUCCAGACCAGGGCUGAUGGGGUGAAAUACGCAGGCCUGGUGCUGAUGAAAGAGCUGGACCGGGAAAGCCAGUCCUCCUACACAUUGGAGCUGGUGGCCAUGGAUGGAGGAAGCCCAUCUCGCUCAGGCAGCGCAGUGGUCAGUAUCCGGGUGAUUGACUACAAUGAUAACAGUCCAGCGUUCGAGAGGAGCUCGGUCACUGUGGAGCUCAUGGAGGAUGCUCCCAUGGGGUACCUGCUGCUGGACCUCAAUGCUUUUGAUCCAGAUGAAGGUGUGAAUGGAGAAAUUGUCUAUAGCUUCAGUCCUCAGGUGUCCCAGGAGGUUCGACAACUCCUUAAGAUCGACCCCAACUCCGGUCGCUUAACUCUUGAAGGUCAGGUUGACUUUGAGACCAAACAAACCUACGAGUUUGAUGUCCAGGCUCAGGACAUCAGCCCGAACCCUUUAACAGCCACCUGCAAAGUCAUCGUCCAUAUUAUAGAUGUGAAUGACAAUGCCCCAGCUAUCAGCAUCACCCCUCUGACCUCCAUCAGCUCGGGAGUCGCCUUUAUCACCGAGGCAGCCACUGAAGGUAGUUUGGUAGCUUUGAUCAGUACCACGGACAGAGACUCCGGGACAAACGGAAAAGUUCAUUGCACUCUGCAUGGACACGAGCAUUUUAAGCUCCAGCAAGCCUAUGAGGACAGCUUCAUGAUAGUCACAAGAUCGCUAUUAGAUCGGGAGAAGAUUGCCGAGUACAACCUGACUGUGGUGGCUGAGGACCUCGGAUACCCUUCAUUGAUAACCCGCCAUCAAUACACUAUCCGGGUGAGUGAUGAAAAUGACAAUGCCCCUGUUUUUGCCAAACCGGUAUUAGAAGUGUCUACCGUUGAAAAUAAUGCCGCUGGCGCCUACAUCACUACAGUGGUAGCCAGAGAUGCUGACAUUGGCGACAACCGUAGAGUUUCUUACAGGCUGAUGGAGGGUGAAGUUUUGGGACAGCCCUUGUCUACCUUUGUAGCUAUAGACGCAGAGUCUGGGGUGUUGCGAGCUGUAAGGUCCCUGGACUACGAAAAACUCAAACAACUAGAUGUUGAGGUUGAGGCUACAGACAAGGGGAUCCCUCCACAUUCUACCCGAGUUCAACUGCACAUCAAAAUAGUUGAUCAAAACGACAACCCUCCUGAGAUAACAUUCCCUUAUCUGCACAAUGGGUCAGCAGAAGUUCUCCUGCCAGUCAAUGCUCCCUCUAAUUACCUGUGCUUCCAAAUCAAAGCUGACGACCCUGAUGCAGGGGUUAACUCACAGCUCUUCUAUACUAUACUGAGGGAUAACAAUAGACUCUUUGCUAUCAACAGAGGAACUGGUGAGGUAUACCUAAGAAGAAAAGUUAACCUUCACGAAUUUGAGGACCUGACCAUUGUGAUUGCUGUUUAUGACAGCGGCAGGCCUUCCUUGUUCUGCAAUGCAACCAUCAAGUUUAUUCUCACUGACUCCUUGCCUUCUAGUGUAGAGAUAGUCAUCAUGCAAACACAAGAGGAGGAAGAGCAGCAGCUAGAUCUGUCCAUAAUCUUCAUUGCAGUCUUGGCAGGAGGCUGUACUUUGCUCUUGGCAGCCAUUAUGUUCGUGGCCUGUACUUGCAAAAGAAAAUCAAGUCUCUUCAAACGUGAAUCAGAGGAGAGGAGAAUCUACCGAGAAGCACAGCCAUUAAACUCCAGUGGCCAAAGCACCAGUUCUAUUACUCAAUCUGAAUCGUGCCAGCUCUCCAUCAAAACAGAAUCCGAGGAUAUCAGCGUGUCGACCGGUCAGAGAGAGGAUCUUAAGUCAAACUCAAAUGUUUCGGUUUCUGCCUCUCCAAGUCAAACAUCUUCUUGGCAUCAGGAAAAGUCUGCUGGAAGCAUAGGUGGGAACUCUAAUGUGGAUCAAGGAAGCACUAAAGACAGUGGCAAAGGAGACAGUGAUUUCAAUGAUAGUGACUCAGAUGCCAGUGGUGAAGGCCUCAAGAAGAUCUCUGACCAGAACAUUCAUAGUCAGCCUGGUGUUGUCUACAUGGAAAGCUCAAAGGCAUAUCGCAGUGCUGAACAUUAUUACAGUCACAGGAUUGACACUGGUCUGCAUAAUGGAAACCUUACUAUGCAUUACGAAAAGGGGUUCGCAGUGCCUUAUUCAUUAAGAGCCCCUUAUUACAAUACAUAUCAUCCAAGAAUACCUAACGCAUACAUUCCUCAUCAUAACCUCAAAGACUCAAAUUAUCAUAUGAACACUGCAACUACUGGACGAGUACACAGAGAGUAUGAUGUAGAUUAUUUAAACAGAGGCAGAACAAUAUCUCCUCCUAGGCUGUCUCGAAAAUAUCAAGAAUUCAGUUAUGCACCAGAAACAAUGUUACAAACAAACGCUUCUGAAAUAGCCACAACAUUUUAAUAAGUUGUGAGCAUUGUAAUGAAAUGCCCUUUCAAGGUCUUAAA